AGAUGCCAAUCCAUGGACCCUUGAGGGCCGGGAAUAGAUCCUUGGGCGUGCAGGACAAAGGUAGACAGCUGGAUAAAGGCCCAAGUAGGACCCCUGUCUGGGCCACUACUCCCACAUUCAGGAACCAGACCUCAUGGGUGAGGACACACUGUCCCUCCUGCCAAGUUAAUAACUUCCUCUAGCCAGGAUCCUGCCCCAGGCAGGAAUAUAGCUCUGCACCUACAGCAGCUCCUGCGCAGACUCUGCCUGUCAAAACCACCCUGCAGCUAAGGAUCAAGGAGCGUGGGCACCCCUCAGGGACUGCCUCUCUCCCCAGAAUUCCAUAAUGCAGGCCCGGAUGCUUGUAGGUGUGCUGAUCAUGGUGGGCUUCACAGUGGGAAAGGCUCCUGUUCCUGAAGUCCGGACCUGCCACUUCUGCCUCUUAGGAGACCCUUCUGUAGGUUGCAUUUCAGGCUCGGAGAAGUGCACCAUCAGCAGUUCAUCCCCAUGCAUGGUGAUCACCAUCUAUCGUGAUACCAAGGUCCGCUUCUUCAUCCGAGGCUGUGGACAGUACAAUUCUUACCGCUGCCAAGAAAAACGCAAUACCUACUUCCCGGAGUACUGGUACCAGGCCCAAUGUUGCCAGUAUGAUUACUGCAACUCCUGGUCCAGCCCCCAGCUCCAGAGCUCCCUGCCUGAGCCCCCUGACAGGUCCCUGGCCCUACCUCUGUCGGAGUCCCAGAUCCAGCAGUUCUACCAGGCCCUGAACCUCUCGCUGCCCCUGCCCAGCUUCCAUGCUGAGAAGGAACCUGAAGGCCUGGACCCCCUGGCCGCCCUGCCCCUGAACCUGGGCUUGCCUAUUGCUGAGCUGCGCCGCAUAUACUUGUUUCUCAGCAAUUCAGGACUUUUGGUUCUUCCUCGGGCUGGACCCUGACACCUUACCCUUCCCGGAUUCUACUCUGUUCCAGCAUCUCUCCCCUAACACUCAAGCAUCCUACACUGCCCUCUCAGAACACCCACAUUCUCUGGCCUAGAAUUUCUUAGGUCUCCUUUCCAUGGUACUUCCAGUAUCUAUAGGGCUUUGAUUUAAUUUCUUCCCCAGAAACCAGUUGGCACUGCCUCCAGUGCUCUUCUUUCUUCCUCCUAGAAAAGAAUCUCAAGUGCAGAUUCUGCCCAGGCUGACCUGGGAAAGGCAUAGUGGUUUCCUCAUCCCUUUCCCAUCAUCUGAGUGUUCCACACCACCCCCCAACCCCCAUCCUCUUCCCAAACCCCUCUUAUCUGGUCACCUGCUACCUCCAUUCAGAUCUAGCUCCAUAUCCUAUCCUAUGUCUAUCUCUAAGAUCCAAUGCCAGACUGAACUUGCAGCAAGAAGGAUGAGGGGUAGACUUCUAUGCAGGUUUCCUAACUUAGCACUCUGAUGUCCCUGCCCUACUAUCUCCACCACCCCCACUCCCACCCUGGUCUCCUGCUGCAUCCUCUCAUCUCUUGUCCCAGUCUCUUGCCUCCUCAGCCCCACUUCACAUCACUGAGGCACUUCCCCACUUCCAUAGCUGCCUGGGGAGAGGAGAGGAGAGGGUCUGUUCUGCUCUGUUCCAUGUCCCUCGGUUUCCCUCCACAAUAAAUGGACUGGGCUAA